AAUGCCAAGAAGAGCCCAAGCGGCGAGGCUCCCGUUGAAACAGAGAGGUCUGCUGAUUCGAGAAGCGAAGAAAUGACCCACGAAGAUGGUAAAGAGGAUGAGGCUCCCAUUGAAACUGCUGAUGCGCCUGUCCAGGAGCAACACCGAGGACACGAUAUGAGCGCUUAUGGUAGAAGGCUCAAGUCAAAGUUCGUCGAGGAUCCCUUGUUUCGAAGAGCUGGCUCGAAUGUCGAGCACAGGACCAGUGAUGCUAGCAAUGCCUCAGCUCGUCCAGGUGCUACAUACGCCCCAGGUGGCACUGUCAAUUCCACUCGCUUCCACAGCUUGCAAGGCAAUAGUCGAGUCAAUGGAAUCCCUCCUCCAUCCGCUGUUCCCCCUCUGCAUGCAGUAGCAACGAACUCGAAUGCGGAUCCUGAAGCAGGAGUGGGUGGUUUGGGAAACCUGAUUGAGGCCGAGUUGGUUCAGGAUCCAGCUAUUCGACAGUUCCUUGAUGAGGAUGUGAUGGCGGCGGAAACAAGGAGUAAUUGCCACUGCUGUGUCGGUGGAGGUUGA